AUGCUGUCACCAGAAUCAUCAGUAACAAAAUUCAGGGUAAAAAAGUUCCCAGUAACCGAUGGGAACGGCAACAACUUUAGUCACCAUCAAAUCGAACAAAUAGCCAACGAGCCAGUUGCAAAAGUGACUAGUUGUUUACGAUGCAGAAAAUUGAAGAAGAAAUGCAAUAAAGCCAAACCAGAAUGUUCAAACUGUGAUAAAGCUGGCGAAGAGUGUCAGUAUGUUCCAAGGAAACAGAGGGUGACAAAGAGAGAUAAAUUGAAAUUUAACGGGGAUGGACCAUCGACCCCACAACAUGACAAUAAUAAUAAUAAUAAUGCACUCAACUCAACGAGUCCAAAUGUGGUACAUCAAAGUCUUGAGAAUUUGAGUCCGGCGAUUCUGGAUAGUCUGUCGUACUUGACUCAACAUCUGGACCAAAUGCAAAUGCAAGCGCAAACCCAAACCCAAACCCAAACUCAAACGCAGCAAGCAAGAUUGUUUCAUCCUCAACUCCACACAAACUAUAGCAUGCCGUACGCUAGUAUCGAACACAAUCAUUCGGAUUUGAGAUCUAUGACGCCGAUCAAUGGACAACAACGACACCCAGAGCAUGAUAAGCAGCAGGAGCAACAUCAUCAUUCGAAUCAACAUCAGGUACAGCAACAGCAACUGCAACUGCAACUCCAACUCCAAGAACAACUGCAACUGCAGACGGAUGUCCCAUUGCAAGACCACAAUACCGUUCAUGAUGGGCAAUCAUUUCCCACAAACACCACUCCACCAGCCACUUUAAAUCCAAUCGACGCUCGAGCACCAAGCUUUGAUGCAUACCCGAAACAAAUUUCAAAAGUGUUGUAUGGUGCAGUUGGCAUCAAAACAAAUUCUAAUGUCAGUAUUAUACCACCGAUAAUUGAUAAAGUAUUGUUGACGCGGAUCAUGAAUGCAUUUUUUAUGCACACAUACAGGAUAUGUCCCGUGAUCAACAAGAAUGAAUUUCUUGUCAAGUUUAAUCAAAUGUUUCAGGAUGACGAUAGUGAUUGUGUGUCAUUGGAGGAGUUCCUGGAUCAAUAUGAAUUGUAUAUGGUGUUGGCAAUUGGUGGCACACAUUUGGAAAGAUCGGGAAUCAUUGGUAGGGAGAAACGCAUUUCGGAAUAUUUUGUCUCCAUGGCAUUGGCAAGUGUACACAACAAUAUUUCCAAGAAUGAUAUCGUUAGUAUGAAGAACUUGAUGUUGUUGGCAUUGUACUCAUUCUUCAAUCCUGCUGAAUUUAUCGCUUGGGAAAUUGCUGGUAAAUUGGCAAGAAUGGCUAUUCAUUUAGGUUUGAAUCAGGCAGUCUCCAAACAAGAAUCUGAGCGCAUGACGGUGCGGCAAAUUGAAAUGAGAACGAGACUUUUGUGGUCGGUUUAUACUAUUGACCGAUUAACCUCGGUUACUUUGGGUAGGCCAGUGGCGCUUCAUGAUGACGACAUAAAUGUUCCCUUGCCACAGAUUCUAGAUGAUGAUGAGUUGGAUGAUAUAACAACUUACCGAUUGGUCAUUCAUUUAAGGCAAAUUGAAGGUCAAAUUUUGCGAAGAGUACACUCAGUCAAUGUUCACAAGCAAUUCCAAAACAAAGGUCAGUCUGAAGAGGAGUUACGCGAGCAAGUUUUGCAAGAAUUGCGCAAUGAGAUUGAAGAAUGGCAUAGUAAAGCAAACGAAUUGGAGCAUACCACAACAAGACCGAAACAGUCGUUAGCUUUUAGGGCGCUGAUACCGUGGUUUACGGCAAGAUAUAAUCAUUUGCUCAUUCUACUUUACCGUCCCUCAUACUUGAACCCACAACCACUGCAGGAUAAACUCGAUACUUUGGGUAAAGCAUGUUUACAAACAUUAUCAUCGACGUACAAAUUGUUCAAGUCGAAAUCACUCCCACUAAAUUGGACCACGUUAUACCGAUUUCUCAUGGUGUGUACUACAAUAUUGUAUUGUCUAUGCAAAUGGGCAAUUGAUCUAAUGGAGUCGAAAACAGAGAUUUGCUAUUGUAUAGAGAUUUUUCAAGCAUUUGGAAGUGAUUGGGUUGUGGCGAAAAAAUGCGCCGAGGUUUUCAAAAAAAUUGAAAACAAGUUGUUGGAGAUUACUUUGACUGAUGGACAUACCAGUGAUAUGGACAAUUUGUCAAAAGAGCUUCUUGGGGCAUCGAGUUCUUACCAUGAGAUAUUAAAUGUACAUUCUGUGGAUCUAUGCAUUGACAGUCAAUACAUGUACGGGUUUGAGAGCUGA